UUCAGUACAUAGCAGCAGGCACUGCUCUCUUCUCUCACUAAGAAGUAUUGAAAUAACCAGCACUUUCAGCUGACACUGUGCUGCAUGGUAAUACCGACCUUCUUUUACAGGUGCUACAAAAAUCUUUAACUUCUCUGGAUAAUGUUGGGUGAUGCUAUGAAUUUACCUUCCCCUUUCUGAAAGAUGUAAGGAAAUAGCUACUACAAUUUGCAUGCUGUAAUUGUCAUCUUCCUCUCCAAAAGAAAGAGGAUAAGGAUCUACUGACAAAGUGAGGAGCCUAUGGUGUCCGGGUGUCAGACUCUGCAAAGAAGAUGGAGCUGGGAGAAGUCCUGACAUCUGGACCAGAUGAAGAAGAAAAGAAAAGACAACAGAGAAGACGUCCCUCAGGUCACAGAUAUCAUUGUGUCUGCUCCUGACUGUCCAAUCAGCUGUAGUCACUUAUUGAAGAAGUGUGGAACAAUGAAUGGAAUCCAAAUCACAUCGUGGAAUAGCACUGACAACUUAUCUAAUAAAUCAUGGAAUAUGAGAAAUGAAUAUCAUCUCAUUAACACAGCAGAAACUGUUAUUCUCCCUUCAUUUAUUGGAAUCAUCUGUUCUACUGGAUUAGUGGGAAAUAUUUUAGUAUUGGUCACUAUUAUAAGAUCUAGAAGAAAAACAAUACCUGACAUCUACAUCUGUAAUCUGGCUGUGGCCGAUCUUGUUCACAUCAUUGGAAUGCCAUUUUUAAUCCAUCAGUGGGCCAGAGGAGGAGAAUGGGUGUUCGGAAGUCCUCUUUGUACUAUUAUUACAUCUCUUGAUACCUGCAAUCAGUUUGCCUGCACCGCUAUUAUGACAGCAAUGAGCUUAGACAGAUAUAUGGCUCUUGUCCAGCCGUUUCGUCUUACAAGCUUGAGGACAAUAUCAAAGACAAUCCGUGUUAACAUACUUCUGUGGGCAGCCUCUUUCGUUGUUGUGUUUCCUGUCUGGGUCUAUUCCAAGGUUAUCCAGUUCAAAGAUGGGUUGGAAAGUUGUGCGUUUGAUCUCACAACGCCAAAUGAUGUUCUCUGGUAUACACUAUACUUGACAAUCACAACGUUCUUCUUUCCUUUACCACUAAUAGUAGCCUGCUACAUAUUAAUUUUGUGUUACACGUGGGAGAUGUAUCAUCAAAACAAGACAGCAGGACGCUACAACAACAGUUUACCCAGACAAAGAGUCCUACGAUUGACAAAGAUGGUGCUCGUAUUGGUGGGAGUUUUCAUUGUCAGUGCAGCCCCUUACCACGUGAUUCAGAUUGUAAACCUUCAGAUCUCUCAGCCCACAAUCAUUUUUUACGUGAGCUACUAUUGCUCAAUCUGCCUCAGCUAUGCCAGUAGUGGUAUUAAUCCUUUCCUGUAUGUACUUCUUAGUGGAAACUUCCGCAAAAGACUUUCUGAAUGCACAAAGACCAAAAUGAAAAUUUCAGAACGUGAGCUGAAUAAUUUUGAUAAUACUUUAAAAUCAAGUUUUUAGGUGUUAUUAUUGGAGCCAAUAUAACUGUAUUGAAUGUAUUUAUUAUAAACACAAUUAUUACUGCAGGAUUCAGUCACUCAGAUGUCUUAAUAUAGUAUAUUCUUACACAGCACAAUUUUAGCAAUUAAAAAACACACAAUAUCACAAUUUUUUUCACUGUGUGCACAAUUAUUAGGCAAGUGAUUAUUUUACACAUAUCAUCAUUUUUGCAACUUGCAGCAUGCAUAUUUUCCCACUCCAAGCUGUUGGGUUUAAGCACAUCAGGUGAUGUGUAUUUGUGUAAAAGGGAGGGUGUGACCUAAGGAGAUGAAUAUCUUAUAUCAAGAUAUGCAUAAUUGUUAGGCAGCUUAUAUUCCUAAAGCAAAAUAGGCCAAAUUGUGCUGACUAAUUCAACCAACAGUGCUGUCCUAUUCCAGAACUGAGACCUACCUGGAGGGGCAACAUGUAGGCCAAGGUAAGGCGGGCUGAAACCACACCACCACAAGGCCAAGAUAAGGGAAGCUGAAACCAGACCACCACUGAACAAGACAUAUAAAUUAAAAUAUCAAGACUGGGACAAGAAAUAUCUGAAGACAGAAUUUUCAAAGGUUUUAUGGACUGAUGAGAAUGACUUUUCACCGUCCAAGUGAAUGGGCCUGUGGCUGAAUCAGUAACAGGCACAGAGUUCCACUUCGACUCAGACACCAGAAAGAUGGAGAUGGGAUACUGGUAUAGGCUGGUAUUAAUAAAGACGAACUAGUUGGAUCUUUUGGGAUUGAAGAUGGACUUAAAAUCAACUCCCAAUUCUACUGCCAAUUUUUAAAAGACACUUUAAGAAGUGGUAGAAAGAAACUUUUUAAAUUAAACCAUGAUUUUUUUGCAGGACAAUGUUGCGUAACAUACAUAUAAGUAUUGUACUGCAUAGCUAGCGAGUAAAAACCUUAAAAAUUAAAACAUAAUGCCAUAACCCCCUUCCUCGCCUGACCUAAACCCUAUUGAAAACGUAUGAGUCCUUCUUCAAAGGGAUAUUUACUGUGAAGAAAAACCGUCAACCUCUAUGAACAGUGUCUGGGAGGCUGUGGUUGCUGCUGCACAAAAUGUUGAUCCUCACCAGAUCAAGAAACUGAUAGACUUCAUUAAGAGAAGGCUCAUGACUAUUGAAAACAAGGCUGGCUAUAUCAGUCAUUGAUAUUUUUAUUUUUUUAUUUUUUAUUUCACAAUGUUUAUUUGUACAUUUUGGGUUGUUUGUUUGUUAAUCUCACUUUAACCAAUAAAAAUUAACUGGGAAAUUGGGAAAAAAAGUGGGAAAUUAUUUGUUCAAUUUAGUAACAUAAUAAUUCUGCACACCAAGAGUUGCCCAAUAAUUGUGCACACAUAAAUAUUCACCAAAGCCUCACUUUUACUUUGUUAAAUAUUCAGGUUUAAGGCUUAUUAAGAUUUUGGAUUGAUGGAGAGCACUGUAGUUGUUCAAUAAUAAAAUGAAUCCUUAAAAAUACAACUUGACUAAUAAUUGUGCAAACAGUGUAUGUGAUCUAAAAUAGGCCCGUAUGUUCAUAAAUGCAUUGCUUUACUAAUCCUUUCCUGAUCCUGAGUUACAGCCUGCAAUAUGCUACCAGAUCUGCAUUCACAAUUUUGCUGGUUGUUAUUAAAACAGUAAGAACAAGCUUUGUACACUUACUGAGCCUGUUGGAAAUGCUGAGAGAUUUCAGAUAUACAGCCAGCAGCAGAGGUGUACAGUAGUCUAGGGCUUUUGGACCCCAAUGAAAAAUGUGUAACUUGGCACCUACCUACAAUGUACCAUUUUUUGAAUACUUAAAAAAUAGGUCACCUCAUGCCACACAAAAGGGUUUUACUCAUGAAAUAACUUUAUUAAAUAAAUACUGAUGCACAGGAACUUCAAUGUAUUGUGUAAGGAUUUCUCCCUGGGGAUAGCUCUGGGAUCGUCCUUAACACCGCCACAGGACACGUUUCCACUUCAAUAAACCGGCAAACAACAGUUCUUUAUGCAUGUCCGUCCCCUCGCCAGCUUUAUUAGACAGUUUGCAGGAUAAAUAAAAACAUAACACAGGAAAAAACAAAACCCUAGACCGUCUAGUCACUAACUAAACAAUCCAGCAUGCCCUGACUAUCCAUUGGUGGGCUUUUCCCAGCCAAUUAAACUUAUGCCUCCUGCAACCUUCUACUCACUGUUCACACACAGCGUUUGCAACUUCUUGCUGUGUGUCUCGUCCACACCGCUCUUUGGGGCCACUCAUAGCUCGGGCUGUGUGUUCCUCACCAGGACCCCUGCCUUCCCCUAAGCCACCUUGCUGUCUUUUGGGGAGAGACCCAAAUAUUGUGUCUGUCUUCUUUUUAUACAAACUUCCCCUUUCUACUACCUCAUUAAUUAGGCCACAGGCAGAGGUUUCUCCAGGGAUAGCUAGGGAAAUACACUCUUUCAUGCCACACUGUAACAAUUGUUAUUGCACCCUUGGCUUUCUUCACUUAAUAGUGUAUAUGUCACGAUGCCGGCUGGCAGGUAGUGGAUCCUCUGUGCCAGAGAGGGAUUGGCGUGGACCGUGCUAGUGGACCGGUUCUAAGUCACUACUGGUUUUCACCAGAGCCCGCCGCAAAGCGGGAUGGUCUUGCUGCGGCGGUAGUGACCAGGUCGUAUCCACUAGCAACGGCUCACCUCUCAGGCUGCUGAAGAUAGGCGCGGUACAAGGGAGUAGACAGAAGCAAGGUCGGACGUAGCAGA